GGAGUGGGCGGGGAAGGCGGUGUGGUUUGGCGCCUGCAUCUUUGCUCUGGCCGCUCUGAGAUGUUCGCCUCCGAGACCCGAACCUGGUGGACGGGACGCGAAGCCCGGCCCUCAGAUCGACGGAAGUGGGUGAAAGUAUUUGAAGCAUGUGAUGAAGAUAAAAAAGGCUAUCUAAGCAGAGAAGACUUUAAAGUUGCUGUAGUAAUGCUGUUUGGGUACAAACCCACAAAGAUAGAAGCAGAUUCUGUUAUGACAUCAAUAAAUUCAAACGCUUCAGGUAUAUGCCUUGAAGAGUUUAUAAAACUAAUGGAGAAAAAAAAAGCAGCCCAACUCCAUCAGAAUGAAAUAAGACAGAUCUUCACAGCUUUUGACAGGCAAUAUCGUGGAUUUUUAACUUUGGAAGAUUUCAAAAAAGCCUUCAAACAAGUGGCUCCCAAGUUGUCAGAAAGGAUUGUGCUCGAAGCUUUCAGAGAAGUAGAUCAGGACUCAGAUGGACAUGUCAGCUUUAAAGACUUCGAAUAUGCAAUGAACUAUGGUAAAAAUGAAGCAUAAAUAUCAGAAUCUACUUAUGCCAAAUUCCAGAAGGCAAGAGAUUUAAUUCGGGAUCAACACAAUGUCCAGUGUUUUGAGAAACUGCUUUCAAGACUAUUGUAAAAUUAUCCUGUUCUUAAUAGAUUAUAAAUAUAUAAUUCAGUAUGUUUUCAUUUUGAAUCAUUCUAAUUUACAAAUAAUAUCACUUUAAUUAUGCACUCCCUGUGAUUAGACUCUUUCUUGAUUCUGGUUUUUAAUGUGACUUUUAGCUUUUAUAAUGGUCUUGUCUCUUUGCUAAUAAUACAUUAGAGGAAGUUGGAAUAUGAUAUGAUAAAAAUUUAAGUGUCUCAGAAUUCUAGUGGAUAAUCACAUGUAGAUUAUUACAGAUAAAAGGAUAGUCUAUUACCUGGCCAAUAGCCUUAAAGGAGAAUGUAUUAAAAAGUGAAAUGUCCAAAUUGUAAUUCCAUUUGGAAAGGCUGAUUAGAAACAUUAGUGUAAAGAGAAUUUGAAGGGAGAGGUUGUUGAAGGGCAAAUCAGUUAAAUUGAGAGAAAGAAGUUACUUUUAAGCCUUUGUGAUAAAAACUGAGCAUAGUUUCCCUUCUCGUCAGUUUAAUCGCUGCUGGAAUGGAUAAGGAAUGGUGGAAACACAAUGGAAGUCCUGGAGUUUCAUUUGUGAAUAUAUGUAAAAGAUAUGUACAAUUCUAUAUGAUCACUUAAUUGUGUAUACCAGAAUACCCACCUAGCUACAGGUUUAGAGUCAUUAAUUCAUUCAACAACUACCUCCUGAGCUUUGGAAUUAUGGAAUAUGUAAAGCACUUACCUGAUGGUUCAUUGAGAUACUAAGAGAAUUUUAAGACAUUAUUCCUGAUCCUAUGGAGCUUUCUCAAUCUAUCAGUCAAUCAAUCAACAUUUAUUAAACGCCUACUAUCCGCCAGGUACCAUGCUAAGCCCUGGGGAUGCAAAAGACAGUCCUGGCUUUUAAGGAGCUCACUACCUUUGUUUAAAUUUCACUGUUGAAUCUGAAGUUGACUUGCUGAUGAUAAGAAGGGUUCCUGAGAUGCCACUGGUCACUUCCAACCACAGCUAUCUUAUCAGCCAGCCUACUAUCACUAGAAAUUGCCUUCUGAAAUAGAGUAAACCUGUGAACACCACAGCACAAUAUUUGAGCUUUAUUUCAGAUCUUUUACCAUCCUAUGAACAAAAGUUUAUAGCCUUAAUCCAAUAUGUAUUCGAGGGGGGAUGGAUGUGUAACAGAUUCUCAUUGAUCUCAAUAGCUUUUAAUAUCACUAUCAAACCACUUAUUCCUCUCCAGGAUGCACUCAGGACUUUCUCUACACUGCCCUAGAAAUCUUUUCAUCCUAGAAACUCAUUCUAGCUUUGGAAUUCACAAAUUGGAAAUAUCCCUACCCCUGUAGCCUCUUCCCCUGAUUGGAUGGUUCCUCCUAGAAUUUCCUUGUAAGGAGGUCACCCAGGCCCACCAUGUCUCAUUUCUCUGUAGUCUACACUUUGGACUUUUUCUAACAUAUGCCUCUGACAAAUAGACAACACAUUUUAUAGUAGCCGCUUAACGCUCUGCUUUUUUGCUCUGUGCUUUAGAACAUCAGAAAUAAACAAGCUCCCACCUCUAA